AUGUUGCGGGAAGCGGCUCCAGCCGAUCGUUGGGCGGCAAAGAUCCUUGCCUACCCAUGUUUUGAUGGUGCCUUCUGCCAGGCGCUCGUGGCAACCCGGCUCGUGGAGUUGCCUUUUGUCCUGGCGAUCGAAGCAAGCUCGCCAGGCGAGUUCGCAGCGACGGCUCUAGACUGGACUUCGCGCUCGAGCAAGGAUGUGCACGAGGUGCUCGCGGACAAAGUCCAGAUGCUCGAACAGUUUUGGAUCUUUGUGAAGGCGGCGGAGUUUCUUUUCACAGAGUCGCUCGGCUACCAGAUGGGCUUCGCUCGAUGCUCCAAAGUGCCGCGCGAAAGGUCAGCUGAGUCGAUCGCACACUUUCAGCGGGAGAUGGCUGUGCGUGCUCUCGCUGCGCCGGUCUUGUCUCCGCGCUCGAAGGUGCAGCUACCUACCAGCUCUUCGUCCUCAGCGACCCCCUUGCUCGACAUGGAGAACGCCGAGAAGCAAAAAUGGGCGAAGCGGCUGAAGGCGAUCGUCGAUCGGGCAGGCGAUCAUGCCGGCCACAAUCGUGAGCCCGAUGCUGGUGGCAUCCUCUCUGCUGAUGAGCGCGCUCGCCUUCGGCUCUUGGUGUUCACUUCUGGAGCUCCCUACGCCAUGGAGCUCGACACAAGGGAGUGCGGUCCGACAGUGGUGCCGUCGUUGCGGACUGCUCUCAAGUGGGUGGCCUUCCGCACCCACAUUAAGAUGCCAUCGAUCGAGACCGCUGAGAUCAAGGCUCUCGAGAAGAAGAUCUUCACGGAAAGAGGGAAACCCUUGAGAGAGGCUACCCCCUUCCCGAUUGAGCUGGUUCAGGCGAUGGAACAGUUCGUGGUCAACGCUGCACAUGCGGCACCAGCUCGGGUCUUCAUCUGGUGGGUUCUUUGCAUGAUCUAUGCUUCGCUCCGCUUUGACGACGCGAUCCACGUCAAGCCUCACGAGAUCGAG